CGUCAGGCUUUAUCUCUCUCCUCUUCUUCCUCUUCUUCUCUUGUCAUGAACCAUUUCAGGAGCGACUCUCACCGAGACAGACGCGGCGGGAUGAACGGCGAGCUGAGAGCCGCUCACACCACGACGGCCAAAAGAGGAAACAGCGCCCCCGACAGGUGUGAUUAUGGGAUGGAUUACCACGACAACAGGGUCUUUGACUACCAGCGAGUCCCCUCCUCGGUCCCGGUGGAUCCCGGUCCUGUGAAACGGCCCCGCCCUUCAUCCUCCUCCUCCUCCUCUUCCUCCUCCACAGCAGCAGCUCUGAGGAUGAAGAGCCGCCGAGCCUCCAGCAGGAGCAUCAACCGACGCGCCUCCUCCUCCUCCUCCUCCUCUGAAUUGAAGAUGGCGGAGCUCCUCUCCAUCAAGAGGGAGUUGACGGAGGUGAAGCUCCAGCUGGACGGGCUGCUGGCCUGUGUGGAGCAGAUGGACCGGCAGAGGAAGGACCGCACAGUGUGUCCUCAGGUCCAGGACCCCACUGUGUCCCCCCAUCGAGGUUCAGUUAGUAGUCUGGAGAGUCCAGAACCAGGAGAGGCCAGCGAGGACGAGCCAGUCCACUACCAGCACUACUACCCCCACAGGAUAAAGCAUCAGUCGGACCUGGAGGACGACCUGUAAUUCUGAGGUUCAGACUCCUCUCUCCUGUCUCCUCCACAGAGUCGAAGCUGGAGGUCACCAGCAGUCGGGAUGGACGAUGUCUCCUAGGAGGAGCGUCUCGUCUCGUCUCUCUGCUCUUUACUUUGAUUUACAUUCAGCCAAACGUCUGAGAUUAUUCAUUAAAAAUCACCGUUGAUUUCAACAGAAAUGCCAGAACAUUAUAAAUAUUUAAUACUU